AUGGCGGAGAGUCUCGGCAACGUGGCGGGGGCGAGCGCUGCCUUCCGCCCCAUUCUGAAUAGGGUCAGGUGCUUCAACGGAUUGCAGAGCUUCACCACCCCCUCGAAUACUCUCCUCGUCCGUCCCCUCCGUUCCCUUGGCUACGGCUAUGUCGUCGGUGGAGGAAUCAGCAGCUGCGGAGAUGGCCGGAGUGGAUUGUUAUCCGUGAGAUCUACGUCUUCAUCCUCGUCUUCGUUCGGAUCCCGAAUGGAGGAGACUGUCAAGAAGACGAUCGACGAAAAUCCAGUUGUCGUAUACUCGAAGACGUGGUGCUCGUGAGUGUCUGUCCCCAUCGAACUCAAUUUUGGCUAAUUAGAGUGAUUUCAAUGAGUCGUUUCAAAAUUUCACGUGCCUUAUUAUUCGAGAACUAUUUAUUGCGCGAAGGUAUUCAAUGGAGGUGAAGGCUUUGUUCAAGAGACUCGGUGUCGAACCGCUAGUAAUCGAAUUGGAUGAACUUGGUGAGGUUCCUCUCACCCUUGUUUGUUUCUCAUCCAAUCAACUUUUCUCCUUCUCUUCAGUCGUGGAUAAGUGACUCCUUCUGACUGGUUUGACUGCUGCCAACGUCCUCGACUGACAUGUGCAAGAGAUAGAUUUCUCUCCUUCGUGGAAAGUUUCAAAACACAUACGACAGCAGUUGGUUGGAGACAAAUAUUCGAAUGUCGUUAGAUCUUAAUUUCUUAAAAUCAGUUUUCUGUUUCUUGAAAACUUAUUGGAAACAGUUCUGUUUGCGAUUAUUGAAUGACGGUAGCAUCCUAUUUCUUUUAGCUUCUUAAACGGUUAGAAUCUUAAGCAGGUUUCAAUCAGUGGAUUGAUGCUCGUUUUUUAUCGAUUGACCCAUCUAAACAGGAAUUACGUUUUACCAAAGUUUACCUUUUUCCUGAAAGAGAAAUAUACGUCAAAUCUACUGCUUCUUUUCCGUCUUUUGCCUCUUAAAAUCUGUUAUCGCUUUAUACUUGAUCUAGUUUCUCAGGGCACUGUUGUAACCUACAUUUUUACUACUUAGCCAAAUGACAUCAUUAUAAACUUGGACGAUUUUUUUGCCUUUCUUCGUUUGGUUAAAUGAGAGAAUCAUGAAUCUGAUUCAUAUGAUAUACUUCGAUGAACUUGCAAUGAAAUUUUUAUCGUCCACAUGUAGCACGAAGGUUGCAAACCAGUGCACUUCAAUCUCUCAUUUACCUAGUCGUUUUGACAUAUAUGCUCAAGAAUGCAUAUUGGUCACUUUGUUGCAACAUUGAAAAGAAAUUUGACUGGCCCCUCUGUUCAACCAUCCUCUAAACGAGUGAAGCUAUGCCUGGUGAUAGUGAUCUCAUACGAAUGUAUACAUCAAUUGGUGCAUUUGCAUGCACAUAAUUGAUGCUCUCGUAUAAUCUAUGCUCAUUUUUUUCUCACUUGAGCUAGUAUUGCUGAGUCUCGUUAUAGUAUUUUCGUUUGUAAAUAAAGAUGAUAUUAGUAGGUUCUAUUCACUUCCUUAAUGAUGAAAGGUUGAGAAAAUAAAAAGGGAUAAAUAAGUCGUUUGCCAGCUGUCUCUUGGGAAAAUUAGGGUCAUAUGCCAGAUCAAAAGAGAUUCUUAUGAACGUUUCUUCUUAAGCUUCUAUCUGUUAAUGCAACUAUAUGAAACUCUAGAAGUAGCAAAUCCUUCUUGUGAAAGGGUAAACUGUAGGUUAUUAAAUCAGUAACAUUAUCUACACUUGUACAAGUUACUCUAUGAGACAGACCGCAGGAUUGUCCCUGGCAUUGGUCAGGUCAGAGACCAAACUGACCAAGCUGACCUAUGAGUUGUCACAUUUUUUUAUAAAUGCUUUAUUUCUCGAACAAAUGGGAUGGUAUAACGUCCAUCAGGUGAGUAGUUACUUGAGUUUGUAAUGUAGCGAUCUUUUGCCCCUUUUCAGGUCCCCAAGGGCCACAACUUCAGAAGGUUUUGGAGAGGCUCACUGGACAAUUUACUGUCCCAAAUGUUUUCAUUGGUAUGUAGCGAUGUUUUAUCUUCCCACGCUACAUCCUUUCAUCAUGCAGUUUAAUAACUGUAGUUAGUGAUUCCAAUGCAAUUUAAUAACUGUAGGCACUUGUCUGUAAAGCCGAUACGAAGAAAUUUAUUAUUUAAACCAGCUGAAGACAGUUGCGUAAAAUAUUGCCUGUUGGCUAUGAAAUGAACAUUGUACUGGAAUAUGGGAUAAAAGAGGAAAAAAAAUUAAAAGAACAUACAGAAAAAAUGUGCGAGAUAUGGCAUGCUAAUCAGAGUCGCCAUCUGCAUUGGUGCAAUGUCCUGGCGUUGUUAGCUUAGACGGGAGUGUCUGGAUGAUAGCCUGUCACAGUAAGUUUGUUAAGACUGGCACGCAGAGAUGGGCUGAAAAAUUGUUGAACUGUAAAAGAGUUUGAUUAUGAGGGAAGGAGAAAAAUGAUAGCAGAACCCAGGUUGAUAGCGAACUCCAUUACUCGGUCACACCUUGGGAACAGGAGAUGGGCUGAUAGGUUAACUGCAGAAACUCACACUCUACCUACAUUUCUUUAGAGUUUUAUAUAUAAUUAGGUACCCUGCCCGGGUUUCAAAAGGAGGCAGAGUGGUAAGCCCUGCAUUCUUUCCCAAACAUCUAUAAAUGCUUUUCGUUUUUUUAGUCAACUGAUGUCCGGAAUGCCAGUGAAUCAUCGUGUUCACGAGAGGACUAUCGCACAUGGUACCGACAGGCAAUUCCUAUAUAUUCUGGCCUCGAUUCUUGAUUUGUUCCAUAUUUAUCCAGAAAUCAGUAGGUUUUGGCCGUGCAGGAUCAUUUAGAGCGGCCAAUCAGCUAUAUCUGGUAAAACGAUACCAGCAUCAUCCACAAAGCUGAACAUCAAGAAAAAGUGGCACCCAAUUUUGUUCAUAUCACCUAUGGUCAACCCUCCCUGUGCUAUCAUUUUAUUUCUUAAAUUGGCAUACCGCUCUAUUCUUCCCAUGCCCCUAGUUUACUUGCCACAAUGCAUCUGGUUAUACAUUCAGUCGCUGAUUCCUUGCUUCUUCUUCUAAACAGGAGGCAAGCAUAUCGGCGGUUGUACAGGUACUCACUAUUUAUUUUACUUUUCUCAUAUAAAAAACGAAAGUCUACCGUAAUUCAAUUCGAAGAAAAUUUAUUUCUUCGGCAUUUUGGCCCGUGAUUUUUGGUGCAGACACCGUGAAGCUCCACCACAAGGGGGAACUCACGGUCUUGCUCUCCGAGGCGGUCGGCGGUCAGAGCCUGCAGCAACCAUGA